GAGCGUGAGCAGAGUGAGAGAGUGAGUGAGCGAGAGGAAAAAGGGCAGAGGGAGCGUGAGCGAGUGAAAGGGUGAGAUAAGCAGGGAGAGUAGCAUCUCUUGAGCGUAUUCGGUUCGCAAGGUAGAGGGGGGAGAGCACCAGCAUCUCACCUCUCUCUCUCUCUCUCUCUCUCUCACAGAUACACAUUCUCACACGUCACACAUUUGUGAGGAGGCGUGAGGCUCAGGAGGAGGAACACCACACAACACACGCGCUGUUUUGCUGGCUUAGCUGCGCUUUGGAGAGCUGUCUCUUGAAGACUGGACCAGAGCUGAAUCCAUCGCUUCAUCCAUCCUGUCCUUCCUUCCUGGUUUCCAUUCCUCCAACACUGAAGCAGCUCUCCUUCACCCAUCCCUGGACCAUUUUGACUGAUUUGCUCUCUGUCAUUCAUCUAACCUUUGAUCACCUGUAACCAUCGCUGCCUGUCUCUAGCUUUCACUUCAUUCAGCCAAGAAAUCAAGAGACAAUCUUAGAGAGCAACUAACUGACCGACUGAGAGACCGACCUUUUCAACCGCAAUCAUGAACUUCCUCCGGCGCCGCCUCUCUGACAGCAGCUUCAUGUCCAACCUGCCCAAUGGCUACAUGACAGACCUCCAGAGGCCUGACCCACCUGCUCCUCCUCCCCCCACGGCGUCCUCCCCUUCCCAGCAGGGUGCAGAUCUGACCACGGCGCCCGCCCCUGCCCUAUCCCCGACCAAAGCUCCAGCACCAUCCCAGGCGCCAGCCAGCUCCCCCGCAGCUCAGGAGCGGCGUGCGAGUCAGCAGCCUCAACAGGCCCAGUCCUCCUCCUCGUCCGGCGGUUCCUCUGGCUUCUUCAGCUCCUUCAGCUCCAUCACCAACGUGGUCAAACAGACGGCCGCAUCCGCUGCCGGGUUUGUGGAGCAGUCGGCUCCCUCUCCCUCCCUCUCCAAGAAGUUCAAGAUCCUGUUGAUCAUCGAUGAGGCCCAGCAUGAGUGGGCCAAAGUGUUUCGGGGAAAGAAGGUCCUUGGAGACUACGACAUCAAAGUGGAGCAGGCUGAGUUCUCAGAGGUCAACCUCGUCUCACAUUCAAAUGGCACCUGUAACGUGGACAUGCAGGUCAUCAGGGGUGGGACCAGAGUGGUCAGGUCUUUCAGGCCUGACUUUGUCUUGGUGCGCCAGCACGCCUUCAGCAUGGCCCAGAAUGAGGAUUUUAGGAACUUAAUCAUUGGUCUACAGUAUGCGGGCGUCCCCUCUGUCAACACACUGGACUCCAUCUACAACCUCUGUGACAAACCCUGGGCUUUUUCCCAGCUUGUCAACAAUCGGAAGAGGUUGGGUUCAGAUAAGUUCCCUCUCAUUGAUCAGACCUUCUACCCCAACUACAAAGACAUGAUUACAACACCAAGCUUCCCAGUAGUGGUGAAGAUCGGACACGCCCACUCUGGAAUGGGAAAGGUCAAAGUGGAUAAUGUGAGUGACUUCCAGGACAUUGCAAGUGUGGUGGCCAUCACUCAGACCUACUGCACUACAGAGCCAUUUGUAGAUGCCAAGUACGACAUCAGGGUCCAGAAAAUCGGCGCUGACUACAAAGCAUACAUGCGAACAUCCAUCUCUGGUAAUUGGAAGAGCAACACAGGAUCUGCCAUGCUGGAACAAGUAGCCAUGACUGACAAGUAUAAGCUGUGGGUUGAUACCUGCUCAGAGAUCUUCGGAGGGCUGGAUAUCUGUGCCGUUAAAGCCAUCUGUGGCAAGGAUGGUAAUGACUACAUUACUGAGGUCGUGGGUUCAUCUAUGCAGUUGAUUGGUGAUCACCAGGCAGAGGACCGCCAGCUCAUCUCAGAGGUGGUGCUGGCUAAGAUGAACCAAGCACUGGCUGCCAGAUCAUCUAGUAUUUCCCGCUCACCUGCUCGCUCCCCUCAAGGCCAGAGGCCAACUACUGUGCAACCUCAACAGGGUGCUGCCCUUAAGGAAGGACUGGCAGAUCCAAACAGGACCUCAGGCCAGCGCCCUCAACCUCAAGGUGCACCAGUGAAAUCACAGAGUGUAGAGCCAUCAACAGAGUCAGCUAAGAGAGCAUCUGAACCAGUACCAAAGCCCAGCCAGGCCCAAAAACCUGUCCCAGGUCCAGCUCAGAAACCAGUCCAGAGGGCCGCCUCAGUUACAAAGCCUCCAGUGCCGAGGCCUCCCCCAAUGACGAGAGCCCCAUCCGUCACAAAGUCAGCCCCAGGUUCUGCUUCCACCCCAGCCCCAGCAAAAGCUUCACCAUCAUCCCCAGGUAAAGCAGCAGCAGCAGCCUCAGCAGCUCCAGGCUCUUCCCCAACCAAAGCAGCAGCAGCAGCAGCAGCCAUAGCUCCAGGCUCCCCUCCAUCCUCGGCUUCAACCCCAGCUCCAGCCCCAGCUCCACCCCCAGCCUCUCCCCCAGCCUCAGGUCCUACCACAGAGCAGCCCAAGCCCCAGCCUCAGAGCUCCCCAUCUCCAGCUCCUGGCAAACCAAAAGAGCUGCCCCCCAAACCCACACCGCCUGCAAAGCCUAUCCCUCCUGUACGCAGGAAUUCAAGGCCACAGCUCCAGCCAAAGCCGCAAACCCCGCCUCCUCCCAAAGCUUCACCUAAACCCCAACCCGCUGCCCAAGUCCCAGCACCCACUCAGACCUCAGAUACCGCCUCAGCCCCUGCCCCAGCACAGGUUCAGUCCCCAGCCAAAGCCAGCCACUCCCCGCUUAAUGCCCAGUCUCCAGCUAAGGCUCAGCCCCAGGCCAAGCCGGCCUCUCCUUCCCUAAACCCUGAGCCUGGCCCAGAUGAAGCAGCUGCGGCCCCAGAUGAGGCUGCCGCGACCUCGGAUGAAGCCCAGGCCCCCGUGGAAGAACAGCCAGCAUCCCAGCAAAAGACCCAUCCUCUGCUGAAUAAGUCCCAGUCCCUGACCAAUGCCUUCAACGCCUUCAGCGACUCUUCUUUCUUCCGCGGUGUCUCGAGCUCUGGAGGUGACGGCCAAGAAGAGGUGAAGGCCGAGACCAUUCGCAACCUCCGAAAGUCCUUUGCCAGCCUUUUCUCUGACUAGGCACAGCCGAACCGUAGUCAGCCCCUUAUUGAUUCUGGCCCCCCUUUUACUACUGGCCAGUGAUUGACUUGAUUGACAUUAAAUGUGAACCAGUCUGAGAUUAAACUUUGUGUGUUAACUGUUCUGUUUCCCUCUGUCCUGGUCCCUCUUCUCCUCCACUUUCAGCUUCUCUGUGUGAGUAACUGUGAGGCCUGCAGGGUAUGAUAUUCAGUUAAUAAUGCUGUCCCAGAGUAAUUCGACUGAAGGUGUUACGUCAUUGAUGAAGAAUAGAAUAGAAUAGAAUAAGAAAAUGUUUAUAUUUCCCAGAGCACACUUUAAGGAACACUUUCUGAAGUAUAUAAAAAAUAUAAUUCAAGAUUAUAGAUGGAUGUACAGUAUAGACAGUAUAUAUAUACUGUGUAUGUCUUAUAUAUGUAAUAUAUACAGUAUAUAAAUAUAAACAUAUAUAGCUAUAAAGGGAGCUAAGCCAAUAAUUAAAAAAAAUCAGUAGCACUUUUCAAUAAGCUUUUGUCAGUGGCAUAACUCUUUCAUUCAGUGACUAGAUUCAUACACGUUUCAAAAAUAAUCAGAUACUUGACAUUUGAUGGUUUCCCUCACAGUGAAUCUGUUUUGGUCAGUAAGUGAAUUAUGUGAGUAAAAGAAGAAAAAAAAAAAACUUUUACAAAUUAAUCAUUUGUUUCUGUGUAAAUCCAGCCGUUGUGUGUCUCUGGUCCUUGGCUACUGACUACUGGGCUCAUCAUUGCUGCCCCUUCUUUUUGUCAACAAGCCUUGAGGUUCAUUGUCACGUGAGGGAGUUGGAAAUAUGUGAAUGUUCAUCUGUGUUGUCAUGCAUGGCUCCUUCAAGUGGCUCGGUGUGACUUUUGGAGCAGAAGGGAUCUCUUGUCAGUGUUGAGUUUUGCCCUCCUUCCCUCUCUCUCUCUCUCUCUCUCUCUCUCUCUCUCUCUCUCUCUCUCUCUCUCUCUCUCGAUGUUGUAGCCUUAUUGUGAACAUGUUUUCAAUUCACAGCUACAUUUGUUAGCUGUGCAGACCUGGGUCGAUUACAACUUGAAAUCCGUUCAUUUACUUCAAGCGUCUGAAUAAGUACUAACUAUUGAGGCCGAGACUGAUUGCACCUUUUGUUGUUUUGGGAGCUUUGGGAUUGAGCAUAGUGCACGAGACUGAAUAAAUCAGUCCUAAAAAGCAACUGAAUGCAUUUCAAAGAGUAAAAAGACUCAUGUCUGUAGCUGUGACUGGUGAUCUCUUGUUUCACCUCUGUGUAGAUCUAUCAACAGUAUUGUACUUUGUUGAUUAUUCUCAUUAAAAGACAUUGAGACAGUAGUGCAAUAACACCUCAACGUGACUGUUGAGCACUGUCACCCUAUUAUAAAUAUAAAUAUGACCAUACAUACAGGACUUGUGUAUCUGUCAAAUACCUUAUUCUUACAUUCCCUUUAAGGUUCCGUUCAGUGGCAACUUUCCAGGUUGCUUUUUUACUGUAGUCAGAAGCUGGCUCCGAUGAAUAUGCCAUAUAAAACUGUUGAUUUUUGUGAUUAUCCUGCUUGGAUUGUGGAACUGAAUUUAAGGCAACCUGGAAUGAACACAGUACCUUGACUGGUUAUUUUCAGUUGAGUUGCAGCAUUUCAUGUUCCUAUGAGUAAAAAAUAAAAAAACACUUAAGAACUGCUUACCAACCUGUUAAUCCAUCUCCAGUACUAUGUUGCAGUAAAUUAUAACAUAUUGUAUUUGUAUGUAUGUAUGUGUCAUCUCAGGAGUUUAUUUUUUGUAAUAUAUGGAUUUAUUUAUUUAUUUAUUGAGGCUCCAUAUUAAUGGUACAGUAUAUAUUGUUUGUUUUGUAAUGUGUUUUUAUUUGUAACGCAAUACUGCUUUGCAUGAUCUGGUGACUGAUACUGUUUUUCUUUCCUGUACAGAUAAAAGUUAAUAAAGAUGUGGUUCCAUCA